CUAAGUUUGGAAUUAAAUAAAGAUAGAGAUGUGGAAAGAGUACAUACGAGUGGUAUCAACACCCUUGAUAUUGAGCCUGUUGAGGGAAGAUACAUGUUAUCCGGUGGGUCGGAUGGUGUUAUUGUACUUUAUGACCUUGAAAACUUGAGCAGAAAACCAAGUUACACAUGUAAAGCACUUUGCUCUGUGGGAAGGAGCCAUCCUAAUGUACAUCGUUUCAGUGUGGAGACAGUCCAGUGGUAUCCUCAUGACACUGGCAUGUUUACAUCCAGCUCAUUUGAUAAAACUUUGAAAAUAUGGGAUACAAAUACUUUAGAGCUUGCAGAUGUAUUUCACUUUGAGGGAACAGUCUACAGCCAUCACAUGUCUCCGAUUGCUACAAAGCAUUGUUUAGUAGCAGUUGGUACCAAAAGCCCCAAAGUACAGCUCUGCGACUUGAAGUCUGGAUCCUGUUCUCACAUUCUGCAGGGCCACACGCAAGAAGUGCUGGCAGUGUCUUGGUCCCCACGUCACGAAUAUGUUUUGGCAACAGCAAGUGCUGACAGUAGAGUAAAAUUAUGGGAUGUGAGGAGAGCAUCUGGAUGUCUGACUACACUUGAUCAGCACAAUGGAGAAAAGUCCAAAGCAUCUUCUGAGGCAGUAAGCACUGCUCAUAAUGGGAGAGUAAAUGGUUUAUGCUAUACAAAUGAUGGACUUCAUUUGUUGACUAUUGGUACAGAUGAUCGGAUGCGACUCUGGAACAGCUCCACUGGAGAAAACACAUUGGUCAAUUAUGGGAAAGUCUGUAAUGCAAGUAGAAAAGGACUCAAAUUCACCAUCUCUUAUGGCUGUAAUCCAGAGUUUGCCUUUGUGCCGUAUGGUAGUGCCAUUGCUGUUUAUGCAAUUUUCAAAGGAGAACUGAUAACUAUGCUUAAAGGGCAUUAUAGUACUGUCAACUGCUGUGUAUUUCAGCCUAAUUUUCAGGAACUUUAUAGUUGUUGCAAAGCUUGCAAUAUCCUUGCGUGGAUACCAGCUCUUCGAGAGCCAGUUCCUGAUGACGUUUCUGAAAAGUCCCUGCCUCAACAGUAUUUAAAUCCAGCAUAUGAAGACGCAUGGAGCAGCAGUGAUAAUGAAGGCUGAGUCUCAAUUAUGUGUUGACAUCAAAUUGAUAUUCAGGCACUGCAUUCACGGACUUUAUCUACAGAAUUGGAUAUUGUUGGGUUUAUUACAACUGUGUUUUUCGUACAGUUCUGUUAGAACGAAGUCUUUCAGAAAUAAGUUUCCACUGUUGUCUGUGUUCCUUCUUGUUACAGUUAAAUCUAAAGGAUUAGUUUUUCACACUUAUUUUUACAAUUACCCUUGUGCACUGGUAUACAUUCAGUGUUGAACAGCUGAUAAAAGAAAAAUAAAAGCCUUUGGGACCA